AUGAUGUCAUCACCAGCGCUUUCCUUGACACCACCACCACCAGGGUCGACCAAACAAGGCCAUCAAAUUGUUCUAUCGGAGGCGACCAUGGAUCAGAACUAUGACAAAUUGGUAGAGCGGUUACGUAAAAAAGCAGAAGAACUCAAGGAUACACCCGACGGAACACAGUAUUGGGUUGGUAUUGCCGGUGGUCCAGGGUCAGGGAAGACGACAACAUCCAAUAAGGUGGCAGAACGACUCAACAAAUCCUUUGGAAGUGAUAGUGACGACUUUUGCGUAGUGCUUCCAAUGGAUGGAUUCCACUACUCGCAGUCAGAGCUACAAGAAUUGGACCCUCCGGAUGGAGUAUACUACAUGAAGCGUCGAGGAGCUCCUUGGACCAUGAAUGCGGAACUAUGUUACGACCUUCUCAGUAAAGCCAAACAGGCAGGAUGCGGGGAACUACCAAGCUAUUGUCGUGAAAUAUCGGAUCCUAUUCCUGGUGGAGUUACCUUGUCCACCAAACACAAAAUCGUCUUUGUAGAAGGGCUCUACCUACUCUGGGGAGACGAUGAACGGUGGGCACCGCUGCAAAAACUCUGGGAUGAACAAUGGUUCAUCAAAUGCCCCAGCAGGGAUGAUCAACGAGAGCGUCUCGUAAAGCGCAGUCUGGAAAAUUGGAGUGAGACCAAGGUCAAAAACUGGGGACCUGGAAGAGCUGGCGCAGAAGCCAAAGUUGACGCCAAUGACGCGCCCAACAUGGACAUUGUAGCACCGUCGGAAAAGUAUGCCAAUGUCAUUGUGGAAAGCGUUUGA